GUUGACGGUCUCUUACACAAGGCUGAAGCUAAGCGGUGACAGAGCUUUCGCCGCUGCUACUCGCAAGCUCUGGAACAACUUAACUUUGAGUGUUAGACAGGCCUCCUCUCUUCCUGUUUUUAAAUCACUCUUAAAAACACACUUUUAUUCCAUGGCCUUUAACAUUCUGUGAUCUCCAUUUUGCUAUGGCAGCCCAUUAUGCACCUGCUGUGAACCUGUUUCUAUGUUUUAUUUAUUAUCUAUCGGGCUUUGUUUGUGUUGUGGUGUGUUUGCUAGUUUCCCUUGUGUUAUCUUUUAACCUGCCUAUUGUACAGCACUUUGUGGUAAAUAUUAAAUGUGCUGUAUAAGUAAAGUUGAUUUGGUUUGAUUUGAGCAAAGCUGGACUUUUCUAAAGAAUGUUUGUUUUCUCCUGUCCCGCAGACGUUGAAGAAGAACCUCUACCCCAUGAGCAGGAGAAGGAACCACAGUCGCCCAACAUACGCGAGAAAAAAGAGGUACCACAUUCCCAGCACAGCAAAGAGGGAGGAGAGGAGCCACAUCCCCCCCACAUUAAAGAGGAAGGCGAGACGCCACAGACCCAUAAUGUUAAACUGACCCUUCACAUUAAAGGGCAAGCGGAGGACCCACUGAUCUUACACAUCAAAAAUGAAGAGGAGGACCCACUGACCCCUCACUUUAAGGAGCAAGAGAACCUGCUGACUCCUCACAUUAAAAAGGAAGAGGAGGACCCACUGACACCCUACUUUAAAGAGGAAGAGGAGGACCAAGAGCCGCCGCACAUUAAAGAGGAAGAGGAGGAAGAGGGCAUCAGUCAGCCUAAAUGGUUGGAGGAGUUCCCAGUGACUGGUGUCCCUGUGAAGAGUGAAGAUGAUGAGGUGAAAGGUGAAAGUGAGGAGAGGGGAGGGGGGGAGCCUCCAAGCAGCAGCUCAACACAACACAUGACAACAGAAGCUGAUGGAGACCACUGUGGAGGAUCACAAGCAGACAAGCUCUUAGCUCCACUAUCAGAUAGUGAGGACACAACGUCACACUCUCCUGACACUGAUGAUGAAGACUCUAAAGAUGAUAAGACAUGUCACACUGACAACACUCACUUCACAUCUUCUCACUCUCACAAAACCUUUAAAUAUCCUAGUAAAUUGAAAAGACACAUGAGAACACACACUGGAGAAAAACCUUUUUCUUGUUCACUCUGCAGUAAAGGUUUUAGACAAAGUAUCAAUUUGAAAGUACACAUGAGAACACACACUGGUGAAAAACCUUUUUCCUGUUCAACCUGUGGUAAACGUUUUCUUGUAAGUCACAAUUUGAAAGUACACAUUAGAACACACACUGGUGAAAAACCUUUUUCCUGUUCAACCUGUGGUAAAGGUUUUACAGAAAGUCAGAAAUUGAAAGUACACAUGAGAACACACACUGGUGAAAAACCUUUUUCCUGUUCAACCUGUGGUAAAGGUUUUGCACAAAGUCAGGAUGUGAAAAGACACGUGAGAACACACACUGGUGAAAAAGCUUUUUCCUGUUCAAUCUGUGGUAAAGGUUUUACAAGAAGUACAGAUGUGAAAAGACACAUGAGAACACACACUGGGAAAAAAAUCGCAUUCCUGUUCAAUCUGCAACAGAAUCUUUUGUCGACAAUCAAGCCUUGUAGCACACAUGAGAAGACACCCAGGAGAGAAAGUGUUGAGUUGCAGUGUGUGUGGUGAAAGAUUGUCUUCUAAGUACCAGUGUAAGAAACACAAGUGUGCUGGUGAGAACAGCAGCAGCAAAUGAAACUGCAGGAUUUGAAAUAAACUGUCCAGACUUUCAUUUUGACUUUCUAACAACAUCAGCACAUAUAACAUGUGUGACAUUGUUGUUUGUCUAACAAUCUGUUUAAUAUGAUCUUUACAUUUAUAGAUUACAUAGUUUGAAAUAUAAAAUUAUUACUUAUUUGUACUUCUAAUUGUUAAUAAUCCCAUAGAUUAUCACCUUUAUAUGAUAUACAUAUGUACUGGUUCACAUCUGAAACAUCUUCUGGACCACUUCAGGAAGCAUAUUAUUAUUUACUUUUUACAUCAUUUAAACAGUUGUCUUUUAUACAAUUUUAAAAUGUGUGAUUUUAUGAAUCAUUUGUUGGGAAUCUGUAAUCCAUUUUAUUAUUAUCUUUAUUACUCUCUUUUGUAUUAUGAUAAUUGUGUUGUGAUUAUUUUAAAUGUAUGUCCCCAGACCUCUAUGCAAUAAAAAGUGAGAGAAAAUGUCUGAA